AGUCAAGAUAACUCAUCACCAUCAUGGACCUCCCCACCACCACCGCCUCAACUGCGGUCCUCAGCACCCCCGAGCUCCUCGAGACCAUCCUGCACCAACUUCCUCCACCAUCUCUCCUCUACGCCCAACUCACUAAUCGCCUCUUCCACACUCUUAUCUCCGCGUCCCCCCUUCUGCAAUCAGACCUCUUCUUCCGCAUACCCCCACCAUCCUCAAUAUCAAAUUCCCUUCCCAACACUACUUCUCCAGCAUUGACACUCAACCCCCUCCUCACCACCGCAUUUCCCGGCUGGCUCACGCCCCUACCACCUGACCUCCUGAAUGCUCAGGAAGCGAAACGGCCUAUUGGUCUCUAUGAGAAGAGCUCAGAACAGAUGUUUAUAAUGCUGCCUUGGUUGCAGAGGAGGGAGGCGUUUAAGCGGAAAGGAGCGAGUUGGCGCCGGAUGUUCGUCUCCAGUCCGCCGGUUCGGAAGAUUGAGGUGCGGAAGAUUGAGGUUCGGAGGAGGGGGGAGAGCAUGGAGGUGGCGGUUGUGGACUUGCCGAGGGAAGGCGAGGCGUGUACGUCGGCGGCGUUGGUGAAGAUCGCGAGGCAGAUGAGUCCAGGUAGUGAGGUUAUAAAUGGAAGUGGAGAGCUUGAAGAGCGACACCCUGGAGAAAAUCAUCUCAAGUAUCAUAAGAGGGAACUUGCAUUCCGUUAUAAGGGGAGAAAGGCGGAUCUUCAAGAGGAGGAUUUGCAUGAUGAUGGACUGAGGAUGGGAGUGUUGUACGACUAUGUUGAGGAGGCUGUGUGUUCGGAGUUUAUGGGAAGACCUAAUAGUAUCACGAUUGGCUUCCAUAUGCCGGAGGAUGAACCAGAGGAACAGGACUUUGCAGGCAUUAGGAGCAGGGAAGGCAGUAGUGGAGGCGGUGCACAAAAGGAGGACGGAAGAAGUCAAGAAGCCGUACUCAGGAUCGACAUGUUAUACUCCACCGGGUGCUGUCCAAUGAUAGAUGACCCAAUGCCCGAAUUUCUGAGCGAGGGGUUUGAAAGGGUGGUUGUGGGACCGUGGGUGGAGUAUUGGGAAGAUAGGGGUAUGAGUACCCAGGAUAUCUCAGACGUUCUUUUGUUGGCAAGCUUUAGGCCGCCUGAGGCGGAAUAGCCGAAUUGGGCUGCCGCGUGGAAAGAACGUCUGAGAGAUUUCCGACAGAUUUGUUAGGGGAGCUCAUCACAACUGGGAAAAAUUCGGUUGCAAAUAUCAAGAUAGCUUUGCAACCACUAAUUAGAAUUUGCUAGAAAUCUC